AUGAACGCUCAGAAUGGAGAUCUCAGCUUAGAUUUCUUAAUGAGAAAAUCUCAGGAUGUUGCUGCCUUCCUUCCGGAUGAACUCUCUUACCUCACAGAAUCAUCGCGCUCGAAAGCGUAUCUCGUGCUCUCUGCGUUCUGUCAAGGAACGCGGUCGCAAAACCCUCAGGAGUCUGGAUCCACAAACACUGCCACGGAAACACUAGAGAAAGUUUUCCAGCAUCUCAUCAUCUCCCUUAUUGGACUCUCUUUCUUCUCUGCAUUAUUCCACGUCGACUGGCAGUCCGCUUCCUGUAUUUUCGCGCAAGAUGGCGUGGUCGAAUACGUGACAGAUGCCCUUGAUUUAUUUCCAUCAUCAGCUUCCGUUGCCCUAGAGGUCGCUCGUAUGAUCGGCCAGGCUAGUGGACACAAGGCAUGCCGGGCUCUGAUACCCGAGGAAAUCUCACCAGCAGCUAUCGCCCUCGUAAAAUUAUCUCGAGGGGCGGCAACGGAUGCCUCAGAAGGCGCAGAUGCGUCGCAGGCCACGCAAUCUACCUCCAAGGAUAUGGAGCUAGCCAAUUUGCUGAAAGGAAUGGUCAUCGGUGACAAAGAUUCUCUAUCCUCCCUCAACGACGUCGUUGAAGGCCUGGCAUACCUCAGUGUUGACCCAGACGUCAAACAUGCCCUGGCGAAUGAUCCUAAGUUCUUGCAGCAGCUCUUUACACUUGUCCCUAGACGUAAGCCACUGCCAACAUCUACCAGUAAUUCUAGCCUGCUCUUUGGCAUCCUUCUUAUCAUAUCCAACCUCUGUGCCUACCGUCCUCGCCUCAGUCAGGAAGACGCGCAGGUAGCUAAGCUGAAACGCAUGGCUAAAGCUGGAAAUGAAUCCAACAGGACGAUGUCCGAGGAACCGCUAAAUGCAUUGGAAGAUGAUGUUACAGUUAGGUCCAGAUGCCGUCAAGCUCUUGCAAGUGGCGCCCUUGAUGUCUUGUCUGUGGCUUCUGGUGUAGAGAGCCAAGGCAUCAGACUUGCAUUGGGUAAAAUCUACCUGAGCAUCGUGGAGGACAGAGAUAACAGAGGCAGGGUCCUCCAGAGCGGAGGUGCACGGAGUCUUUCUCGUGUUAUACAGUCCUCCACAUCGUCAUCUACACCGAUUGAUACCUCUGUUCUCCCUGCGAUCCAAGCUUUAGCGAAAUUGACCAUCACGUCUUCCCCCCUUCAAGUCUUCGGGCCCGGUGAUGGCGCUAUGCUUGAUGCAAUACGGCCCCUGUCACAACUGCUGCUCCAUCCAUCUUCAAACCUCCUACAACAAUUUGAAGCCUUAAUGGCCUUAACAAAUCUUGCUUCACAGAGCACAGGGUGUGCCGAUCGCAUCUAUAGCACCCCACACCUUCUCAACAAAGUUGAGCUCCUCAUGCUAGAGGACCAUACACUCAUCCGUCGGGCAGCCACCGAGCUGAUAUGUAAUCUUAUUGGAGGUUCGGAGAAGGCCUUUUCGAGGUAUGGUGGUUCUCCCGAUGUCCAUGCAACAAAGUCCAAAUUACAAGUACUUCUUGCGAUGUCGGACAUGGAUGAUCUUCCAACGAGACUCGCUGCGUCUGGUGCUUUGGCAACCGUGACCAGCGUGUCUACUGCUUGUCAGGCAGUAUUUGAACUCCAGUUGGAUCGUCACCGAGCAUUCUCAAUUAUUGCACGUCUUAUUGACUCAUCUGUAACUCUGGAGGACGACGACCCUGAUGACGACGAAGUAGCCGGAAAUCCAGGGCUUGUACAUCGUGGAGUCGCUAUAUCUAAGAAGGCGGGCAAGAAGACUGCCCCGAAGUCAGCUGGAGUGACUAAAGUUGCCAAGGCAGAUUGGAAAGAGGGAUUUAAAAAGAAACAAGCCGGAGUGUCCGAUAUGACGCUUCUGACAACUAUCGACGAGAAUAACAUCAACACCAACCUUCAGAAGCGCUGGACUGUCGGAGAGAUCUACACUUACAUCGGCGGCGUAUUAAUAUCCGUGAACCCUUUUAAAGAUCUAGGAAUCUAUACAGAUGAAACCCUUCAGAAGUACAAGGGCAAGAAUCGACUCGAAGUUCCCCCACAUGUAUUCAGCAUCGCAGAAUCCGCAUACUAUAACAUGAAUGCAUACCACGAAAACCAAUGUGUUAUUAUAUCCGGCGAGUCUGGUGCUGGAAAGACCGAGGCUGCCAAACGCAUCAUGCAAUACAUCGCGGCUGUAUCAGGAGGGGAGGAUAGCAGUAUACAGGAGAUAAAAGAAAUGGUAUUGGCCACCAAUCCUCUAUUGGAGAGCUUUGGUUGUGCAAAGACUCUUCGCAAUAAUAAUUCAAGUCGUCAUGGUAAAUAUCUGGAGAUCAUGUUCAAUACCCACGGCGAGCCGAUCGGGGCACAGAUAACGAAUUAUCUCCUUGAGAAAGGCCGAGUGGUAGGGCAGUUAGAGAACGAGCGCAAUUUCCACAUCUUCUAUCAGUUCACAAAGGCUGCUUCAGAUGAGCAGCGAGAGCAAUUCGGGUUACAGGGUCCAGAUGCAUACGAAUAUAUCAGCAGGAGCAAUUGCUUAGAGGUUCAGGGCAUCGACGAUUCAAACGACUAUGCGGAUACCCUAAAUGCCAUGGGGGUCAUUGGCCUCAGUAAUCAGGAGCAGAACGAAAUUUUUCGGAUGCUCGCAGCCAUUUUAUGGUUGGGGAACGUCAGAUUUGAGGAGAUGGAUGAUGGAAAUUCGGCCAUCUCUGACACUGGAAUAACAGAUUUUAUUGCGUAUCUCAUAGAAGUAGAUUCGGCGAUGGUUCAGAAGGUUCUGACGUCAAGAGUCGUUGAAACUCAGCGAGGGGGACGACGAGGUUCUGUUUACGACGUUCCCCUGAAUCCUGCGCAAGCAACCGCUGGAAGGGACGCACUUGCAAAAGCGAUUUACAAUAAUCUCUUCGAGUGGAUUGUUUCGAGAAUCAACGUGUCGAUGAAGGCUCGAAGUGCCUCGGCGCAAGUCAUUGGUAUCCUGGAUAUCUUUGGUUUUGAAAUUUUCGAGGAUAAUUCUUUCGAGCAAUUAUGCAUCAACUAUGUCAACGAGAAACUUCAGCAGAUUUUUAUCGAAUUAACACUCAAGACCGAACAGGAGGAGUAUGUCAGGGAGCAGAUUAAGUGGAAUCCCAUCAAAUACUUCAACAACAAGAUUGUCUGCGACCUCAUUGAAGAGCGCAAACCCCCUGGAAUAUUCGCUGCUUUAAACGACGCUUGCGCAACAGCGCACGCCGAUCCAGCUGCGGCAGAUAACAGUUUCGUCCAGCGGACGGCCAUGCUAUCUUCCAAUGCCCACUUCGAAGCCCGGGGAUCUCAGUUUCUGGUUCGUCACUACGCCGGAGAUGUCAUGUACAACAUCGCGGGCAUGACGGACAAGAACAAGGACGCACUAGUGAAGGAUCUUUUCGAUUUGGUUGGUAGCAGCGGCAACCAGUUCCUUCAGACAUUGUUCUCCGACAGACCCGAUCCCUCAAGCAAGAAGAGACCACCGACUGCUGGUGAUAGGAUCAAGGCGUCGGCAGGUGCUCUGGUGGAUAAUUUGAUGAAAGCUCAGCCUUCUUACAUCCGAACAAUCAAACCAAACCAGAACCGUAGCCCAGUUGAAUAUGACACAAAGGCCAUCUUGCAUCAAAUCAAAUACCUUGGAUUACAGGAAAAUAUUCGUGUACGUCGCGCAGGAUUUGCGUAUAGGAAUACCUUCGAAAAAAUGGUGGAACGCUUCUACCUUUUGUCGCCUUCAACGUCGUACGCUGGUGAAUAUACAUGGCAGGGAGACGCGAAAUCUGGGUGUGAACAAAUUCUCAAAGAUACGGGGAUAGCCAAGGAUGAAUGGCAGAUGGGGGUUACAAAGGCUUUUAUCAAGAAUCCCGAAACACUAUUUGCCCUAGAGACUAUGCGUGAUCGUUACUGGCAUAACAUGGCAGCACGUAUCCAGCGAGGCUGGAGAAACUACUGGCGCUAUAAGAAUGAGUGCGCUAGACGCAUUCAGAGGUUCUGGAAGAACAACAAAGAAGCCCUUGAAUAUGCCAAAGUCCGCGACUACGGUCAUCGGGUAUUGGCAGGAAGAAAAGAACGCAGACGUUACAGUCUCCUCAGCUAUCGCCGUUUUCUGGGCGACUAUCUUGAUGUCAAUGGCCAGAACAUCGUUGGAUCUGACCUGCGCUCCGCCUGUGGUCUUGGUGUGACUGCGAAAGCUGUGUACAUCGCGGCAACUUCUCAGAAGGAUGGUCAGAUACAAACCUCGCUUGAACGCAAAAUUCCCUUGGUAACUAUCAAAAGUAUAUCGAUGUCUAAUCUAAGGGAUGAUUGGCUGGCAUUGAAUUGUAAUGCAUCUGAAGAGGGUGAUCCAAUUCUUCAUUGCUAUUUCAAGACGGAGUUGACUGCGAAUCUUCUUACGCUCACGCAAGCUAGCAUCAGCGUCUUGAUUGGCCCGUCGAUCGAAUAUGCGAAAAAGAAGGACAAGAAGGCACAAAUCCAAUUUGUCAGAGACGAGACGAUCGCAAAAGAUGAUGCAUACAAGAGCCACGCUGUGCACGUCCCGUCUGGCGAACCUUCAUCGAGCACCUCUCGACCUGCUGCAAGAAGAAAACCUGGUAUUGUUAGACCCAUCACUCAAGGAAAGCUCCUUCGCGCUGGCGGCCCCUCAGAUGUGAGUUUUAAGGGAAAGGCUUCCAGGCCGAAGCCAGCCGCCCAACCACUGCCAGGGAAAUCUGCACAAUUUUCUGCCGUCAGGCCAACACCGGUGGCACCUAAGUCAGCCCCCGCGCCUUCUACUCAUAUUUCAGUUCCGCCGCCGCCACCGCCACCGCACAAAGAGCCCGAGGCAGAGUUAUAUAAGGCAAAGUUCGCUUUCGAGGGUCAAGAAGGCGAGAUAUCUUUGAAGAAGGAUGAUACCGUGGAACUGGUUGAGAAGGACGAGAAUGGGUGGUGGCUUGUAAGGAAGGACGGGCAAGAGGGCUGGGCCCCAAACAAUUACCUAGAACUUAUACCGCCAAAACCUAAAGCAGCGCCUGCCGCACGUUCCCCUCCACCUCGACCACCACCACCACCUUCCGCUCCGCUAGCAGUCGCUGCCGCUCCUAUCCCUGCUUCUUCAGCUUCAAAACCAACUGUCUCGAUCGUGUCUGUGAAGUCAUUGACAGCGGAUGCGUCGGCUAAGCCCGUAGCUGUUUUCCCUGGCCUUGCGCCAUCAAAUGGCUCUGCAGUGCCUUGGAAGAAGUCUGCAGUUGUGUCAGCUAAUGGGUCAUCAAGCAGUACACCUGCAAGCUCCCGCCCUUCGAGUUCAUUAGGAGUAAAACCCCCUCCAGUUGCCCCCAAACCUAAACCUGUACCACCGCCUGUCGCAUCGAAGCCAAGCGGCAGCAGGCCAUCUCCUAAACCACCUAUACCCACAGCCCCGCGACCAGGUGCCGGCGUUGCGCCACCGAAGGUCUCUAAACCUAGUGCACCUGCUGGUCAGAUGGACUUGGCUGCUGCGCUCGCGAAGCGUGCACAGAAGAUAGCCGAUGAGUGA